AUGGGACCGGAUAAGAAUGCCACUAGUAAUUUAGAGGGCGAUGACAGCAAUGAGUGGACGCUAUUUGAUUUCGGGAUCAAAGAGCUAAGAGAUUACACGGAAAUCGAUGUUCUUGGGCCAAAUGGUGUUUAUGUAAAACUAAGCUGUAGGCCGAAUACCACUUUGAGGAUGCUGAAGGACGACGCUUUAUUCGAAUUGAAAAAGCUUCCACUGUCUUCAUUACUUUUGCCAUCCGAUGACUACAUUUGUCUUACAGUUGGCAAAUCUGGCGAAAUAAAGGAGCUGUUAGAUGAAUCAAAAACAAUCCCAUUUUUGAAACUUUUUGUGCCACUGAUUGUGUUGCGCAAAUUGGAAGGUUGUCGUGAAGAAAAAGUGUUAUUUUAUAAAGUCGGUAAUCUCAUCGGUCAUCCCAUACCUGAAAUUGAAAAACAUCUGAAUUACGAGGACAUGGUCUUUCGUCUAGAGCUGUUUCGCGUCACUCAGCGCUCACUCGCCAUAAGAAGAGUUACGGGUUGUGAUCAUUACGCAUUUGUCGAGGAGUCUUUGCGUGAAGACGACGAAGAUGUCCCGUUAAAAUUGAAGUCAAAAAUUAGAGGGUCUAAUCUUCACGUUGAGGUUUGGUACCGCAGUCGUGAGGACGAAAUUUCUGGAAGAGACGAUAAUUGCGUGUGCGCUACCAUACGAAAAGUGCUUCUAAUUAAACCUCAUGAUAUUAUUCAACAAGCUCUAAACAUAUUUCGAGAGCGGAAACACAUCCAAAUUACUGAGGCAUCAUCUGACUUUUUACUGCAAAUCGUGGGCAGUGAACGCUUCUUGUCUAAGGAUAUGUUGCUGACCACUUAUCAGCACGUUCGCGAGGCAUUUGAGAAUUACCGAUGCCCAAAAUUUUUGAUGAGAAGAAGAGACCUCGUCAUUAAAGAACUUCCACAGCCCCCUCCGCUGAUUACUCCCAGCUGGGUAGAAUCAUACGAAGAAAGGAUAGCGGAUGAAAUGGCAAAAAAGAAAAAGUGCGUCUCUUCUUGGGAUUGUUCAGAUACCUUGAAAUUUCAACUGCAUAAUGUAUCUAGUACAGAAAUUGAUAGCUACGAAAGCAUUUAUGUCAGGGCAGCUAUUUUCGUUGGUCUAAGUCUCAUAUGUGUAACGGAAUCUCCACAUGCAUCUUCUUUAUGUUCUUUCUGGUCAAAGUGUUAUAUUAAUUUCAAGUUGAAAAUUUGCGACAUUGCUCAAGCAGCGCAGUUGUGUCUUGCUGUGGUGGGGGUAAAGGGGCGACUUAAGGAGGAGCAUGUUGGUAUUGGUUGGGCGAAUACUCGCCUUUUCAACUGGAGAAACGAACUGAUUCAAGGAAGAUAUUCUUUGGAUAUGCGUGCUUACCCAAAAAAUUUCCAUGACUUUUUGUAUCCGCAGGGAUCUGCUGACAUCGAAAAUGAUAAAAGUUUGGGAAGUAUUCAGUUAGAAUUUUUUGAUUUUGAAAAAGUGAUACAAUUCCCGAGUAAUGAGGAAAUUGAUACUUACCUAAGAGUCAUGAACGAUCGCAAGGUGGAAGUUCCGUUAGAGGCCUCUACCUUUGAGUUGGACAGCCACGAACUUAGAGAGGUAGCAAAAAUCGAGUUAAUGGAGGACCAGCGAUUGAGCAAUCAACAGCUUGAAUUGCUGUGGAUUACCAGAGAAUAUAUUGCGUUGCACAAACCUAACUUGUUGCCAUAUUUGGCGGAAAGUCCAAUAAUAUGGAGUUCUCGAGAACUAACGGCGCGGUUUUACGAUGUUUUGAAGCGAUGGGAGACUAUCAAUCCAGCAAUUUCCUUCGAACUUUUAGAUUUAAAAUUCCCAGAUUAUCGCUUGCGGGAAUUCGCUGUCAAGCAUUUAGAUGAAAACCUUCCAGGCGAACGAAUUCGCGCUUUUAUUAACCCUUUAAUUCAGGGUUUGAAAUCUGAACCAUUUGGCAAGAGUGCUUUGGCGGAAAUGCUUCUGAGAAGGGCCUUAUGCAACAUACGCGUGGCUUAUGUUUUCUUCUGGAUGCUGAGAUCUGAACUUGGGCAGAUGGAUCUAAAAUACAAAGAUGGCAGUUUUUCUCUCCCAAAUUUGUACAAACGCUUUGCUCUUUUGAUCGAAGCGUUUUGUUGGGGCAUGGGUGCACACUUAGAUAUUAUGAUGAAACAGGUUUCCGUGAUGAGUUGGUUUGGUGAAGUGACUCUGUAUAUAAAGCGCCACCAUAAAGACAAGGAAUCGGCUACUAAAUACUUCCGAAUGGUGCUAAAGGAAAAUGCAGAUAAAAUACAAAAUUUCCCUUCUCCAUUAGAGCCGACUAAUAUAUUGGGCAAACUGGAUGUUACUUCUUGCCGUGUUCUUGGGAGCGCAAAACAGCCACUGUUUCUAUGUUGGUACAAUGCUGAGCCAUUAUCUCACAUUCUUGAUGACAACAAACAUCAAAUUAUUUUUAAAAAUGGAGACGAUCUUCGACAAGAUAUGCUAACGCUUCACACUAUGCUUAUCAUGGAUGCAUUAUGGAAGAAGAAUGACAUGGAAUUAUCUAUGAACCUUUACCCAGUUCUUCCAAUGGGGAGAAGCGUUGGUGCAAUAACUGUGGUCCAGAACAGCCAAACUCUUUUUCAAAUUCAGUGUGAAAGGUCUGAGAAGGGCAUGAAUCUGAAUAUGGAAGUCGAAUUGCUUGACGAGUGGAUUCGUGAACGAGCAAAUGAUUCAAAUAGGUACCUCGAGUAUGUUGAUCGCUUUGCGGCUUCUUGUGCUGGUUAUUGUGUCGCCACUUUUGUAUUGGGUAUUAAAGAUCGGCAUCAAGAUAACAUUAUGCUGACUGAUGAUGGAAGGAAUUUAUGUAAGAGAAGUGCGUUAAUAUAUUGCAGGUUUAAACGUAUGUGUCUUGACGCAUAUCUUGUUCUAUAUGAUCGUCGGAGACUCUUCGUGUCUAUAUUUACUAUGUUGCUUCGUAUGGGUCUACCUGAGUUGAGAACGGAGGAAGAUUUGAGAGCUUUGAAAAGCGCGCUUUGUUAUGGAACUAAACGGGAAGAUGCAAUAAAUUUCUUUGAACAGACAUUUGAAGAUGCUAUAAAUCGUUCGUGGACGACUCGUACUAAUUGGUUUUUUCAUUCUGUGAAGCAUAUGUAG